GCGACGACGGCGACGACGAUGCCGGCGACGACGCACGCGACGAUGCGCGCGACGUCGGCGCGCGCGACGCGCGCGAGGACGACGGCGACGGCGACGACGGCGCGGGCGCGCGCGACGACGACGAGGGUUGCGGGACGACGGCCGACGCGGUGCGCGGUGAGCGCGUCGAGCGACGCGGCGCACGCGGAGGCGUCGGGAGCGAUCGAUUGGCACGCGAUGGGGUUCGGGCUGACGACGACGGCGUACAUGUUCAAGGCGACGUGCGAGCUCGGGGGGGAGUGGGUCGUCGAGGGCGUGGUGCCGUACGGCGACCUGAGCCUGAGCCCGUCGUCGGCGGUGUUGAAUUACGGUCAGGGCGUGUUCGAGGGCAUGAAGGCGUUCCGAACGAGCGAGGGCGAGCUGUUGGUGUUCAGGCCGGACGAGAACGCGAAGCGAUGCGAGGAGGGGGCGGGACGGAUGUCCAUGCCGGCGGUGCCGAGGGAUUUGUUUCGAGACGCGGUGUUGAGGACGGUGAGCGCGAACGCGGAGUACGUCCCGCCCGUGGGCAUGGGUUCGUUGUAUUUGCGACCGCUGUUGAUCGGGACGGGGGCGAUUUUGGGCCUUGGGCCGGCCCCGAGCUACACGUUCUUGGUGUACUGCUCGCCCGUGGCGUCGUACUUCAAGGGCGGGCAGCUCACGCCCAUCGACUUGACGGUGGAGGAGACGUACCAUCGAGCCGCGCCCGGGGGAAGCGGGAGCACGAAGUGCAUCGGAAACUACUCCCCUGUGCUCAAGGUGCAAUUAGAAGCGAAGAAGCGAGGUUUCUCCGACGUCAUGUACUUGGACGCGAAGGAAAACAAGUACAUCGAGGAGGUGAGCUCGUGCAACUUUUUCUGCGUCAAGGGGAAAACCAUCUCCACGCCGUCGUUGCAGGGCACGAUUCUUCCCGGGAUCACGCGCAAGUCCAUCUGCGAACUCGCCGCCGCGCGAGGUUUCACCGUGGAAGAGCGCAACGUCUCCAUCGAUGAGGUCAUGAACGCGGACGAGUGCUUUUGCACCGGCACCGCCGUCGUCGUCGCCCCGGUCGGGUCGGUGGAGUACAAGGGUAAAACCGUCAAGUUUUGCGACGGUAAGGUCGGCCCAACGUCGCAAGCGAUGUACGAUGAGCUCACCGGCAUCCAACAAGGUAAGCUUCCCGACGAACGCGGUUGGAACGUCAAGGUGCCGAAGUUUCCCAUCUCUGGCUGAGCGCCGCGUCUCGUGAGCAUCGCGUCGACCUCGCGCCGCCCUGCGGCGUAGCACCGCGCUCGGUUCGUUCGCCUCGCGCUCCUAGUCAAACUUCUUCGCUCGGUCUUCGCGCUUG